AUGUUUUUCGGGCCACGGCGGAUCAUCACUCUCCUAAGGAGACUCCAACGUUGUCGCCGACGCCUUGUCCCGUUUGGAAGUGAACCAAAUCCACAUAUCCUUUGUUCUCUCGAUCUUCAAGCCCUGGCUGCUGAACAGAGGUCAGAAUCGGAGGUUAUGGGAAUCACAAGCAAU